UGAAUAAAGAGUUUUGAUUUGCUGACAAGUGAGCACGCAUGGGGCAGUUAUCAGUUAUAUUUAUUUUCCUGGCGUCCGCGACGCUUCUCAGUGCAUACAAAAAUCCACAUUAUGCACCGGGAAGGUCCGUUAACGUUCACCUCUUCGAAUGGAAAUGGGAUGAUAUCGCUGACGAGUGUGAACGGUUUCUUGGACCUAGAGGAUAUGCUGGCAUUCAGAUAUCUCCUCCCAAUGAGAACGUGGUGCUACGAACAUACAAUAGGCCCUGGUGGGAAAGAUAUCAACCCAUGUCUUACCAACUGGUUACACGCUCCGGCAAUGAGAGACAAUUUGCAAAUAUGGUCCGUCGAUGCAACGCAGUGGGAGUAAGGAUCUAUGUGGAUGCAGUUAUCAAUCACAUGACGGGUGAACCACCAGAGAACGUGGGCACGGCUGGUAAUACCGGAGUCUUCAGAGAAUGGUACUAUCCCGCGGUACCUUAUAGGCGCGAGCAUUUUAACUGGCCGCCUUGUGGUAUAGAAGGAUCUGACUACGUCAAUAAUGCUUGGAGGGUACGAAAUUGUGAACUCGUUGGCCUGAAGGACUUAGACCAAAAAAAUGAGCAUGUUAGACACAUGAUUGUUAACUUUAUGAACGAACUUAUAGACCUUGGUGUUGCUGGAUUUAGAAUCGACGCCGCUAAACACAUGUGGCCAGAAGACUUAGAAAUUAUCUACGAUAGACUUAAAAAUUUGAACACAUCACAUGGUUUCCCGCAAAAUGCUCGUCCAUACAUUUACCAAGAAGUUAUCGACUAUGGGGGCGAAGCAAUCAGCAGAGACGAAUAUACACCGAUCGGUGCUGUGACAGAGUUUAAAGUUGGGUUGGAACUUAGUAAUUCUUUUCGAGGCAAUAAUGCAUUAAGAUGGCUUUCUUCUUGGGGACCAGCGUGGGGUCUAUUAGACUCCAGAGACUCUCUGACUUUUAUUGAUAACCAUGAUAAUGAAAGAGGUCACGGAGGAGGUGGCGGUAUUUUAACGUACAAAGAACCAAGACCUUACAAGGCUGCAAUAGCUUUUCUACUGGCACAUCCAUACGGAGAACCGCAGAUUAUGAGUAGUUUCAGCUUCUGGGAUUCUGAAAAAGGGCCACCCAUGGACAGUAACCAAAACAUUAUAUCACCCUCAAUAAACUCCGACGGUUCAUGCGGUAACGGUUGGGUAUGUCAGCACAGAUGGCGACAGAUUCAAGCUAUGGUCGGUUUCCGUAACGUAGCUGGUAAUACAGAAGUUAGUAACUGGUGGGAUAAUGGUAACAAUCAAAUUGCAUUUUGCCGCGGGAACAGAGCUUUUAUCGCUGUUAAUGGAGAAAAUUGGAGUCUUAAUCAGAACUUACAGACCUGUCUUCCUGCUGGUAGAUAUUGCGACGUAAUAUCUGGUGACAAAGUUAACAAUUCUUGUCGCGGAAAGACCGUUACAGUUGGAAACGAUGGUCGAGCGUUGAUAUCCAUCAGUCCACAGGAUUAUGACAUGUUUCUUGCUAUACACGUUGGAACUCAGAGUCGUCUGUAAAGAUGAAUCACGUCACGUACUGAAGAAUGAAUUUAAUGAAAUGCUGG